AUGUUCCCCGACCUGUCCGCCUUCCAGACAGUCGCUGACCUCAUCACUCACCUCCGCACUAGUGAUGCCCGCUUCCGUGCCGCCAUGCCCGCUGAGUUUCUUGCCUCCAACCCUCCCCCGCUCUGGCUCACUCUCUACCACCUAGUCACCCGCCUCCCUGACACUCUGCGUACAGGGUGUUCCCCCUCCCCCCUGCUCCCCUCUGUCGCCUCUGCUGCUGCUGUCGACCUCCUUGGUGCUGAGCAGGUCGGCUCUGCGUUCGCUCCCAGCGGGCGUCGCAGCGGCAAGGGCAGGGGAGGCAAGGGCGGUGGGGGUGACGGCGGGGGAGGCGGUAGUGGGGGUGGUGGCGGGGCUGGAGGGGCUAGUGGCAGCGGUGGGAGUGGUAGAGGCAGCGGCGGCGGCGGUGGCCGGGGUGGGGGCGGUGGUGGUGGCGGCAGUGGACGUGGAGGCGGCAGGGGCGGUGGUGGUGGUCGUGGAGGCGGCGGUGGUGGUCGUGGAGGCUCUAGCACUGGCCAGAGCGCGCAGCACCCUCAGUCCUCCCAGGAGCUUCGUGAGUGGUACUUACAGCACGGGGGUGGGGGGGGUAGCCUUAGCUGCACGUACGUCAUCCGCACUGGUCGCCGCAAAGGACAGACGUGCGGGAGGGCGCACACUGCGCAGCGCUGCUUCUCUCGCCUAGAUGACGCGUGGCGUGCUCAGUUUCCUGACGCUCCUGAGCUCCCUCAGUGGGCUGAUCUCCUCAAGAAGGAUAUCGAUAUCUAUGCUCUUGAUUUUGAUGUUAUUCUCAAAGCCAUGUAUGCAUUAACUAUUAGUGGAGAGGAGGACCAGUACCUGUGUGUUCCGCCUGACCCAGGCAUCCGCACGAGUCAGGCUGCAGCCCUAGGUGCUUGCGUGUCUGCUGCCCCAGGUGCUAGUGAGGCUACUGCUCUAGGUGCUUGUGUGUCCGCCACCCCAGGUACUAUUGAGUCCACUGAGGCACAGCACACCUUCACUCUAGACUCAGGCGCUUCGCGCUGUUUCUUUCGUGACCGCACUGCUCUUGAGCCCCUUGCUCGACCAGUCGCUGUCUCACUCGCUGACCCCUCUGGGGGUCCGGUCGUUGCGACCUCCUCCACUGUCCUUCCUUGUCCUGCUGUCCCGUCGGGCACACUGUCAGGUCUCCACCUCCCCUCGUUCUCUACAAACUUGGUGGCGGGUUGUGCGCUUCAGGAUGGGGGUGUUCACCAGUUCACCCCUGCCUACGAGCGUGUGACACACUGCACGUGUGCUCGGACGGGCCGUCACCUGGCUACCUUCACUCGGCAGCCGGGGUCGGACCUGUACACACUGACCACUGAGUCCCCUCAAAUAGCGGCGUCUGCGUCUGCGUCUGCGUCAGUGCAGCGCCUUCGGGGCAUGCACUCCCGGUACCUUGUCUCUGGUCAUCCUCGGGUACUCCCUCCCCUCCCACCCUCCCUUGCUCCUGCUUGUCUUCCCUGUGUCGAGGGGCGGCAGCGCGCUGCCCCUCACUCCUCCUCGUUCCCCCCGACGACAGCUCCUUUGCAGACGCUCCACAUGGACGUGUGGGGCACAGCCCGCGUUCGUGGUCAGGGCCAGGAGAGGUACUUCUUGAUCGUCGUUGAUGACUACUCGCGCUACACCACGGUCUUCCCCUUGCGCACCAAGGGUGAAGUCCCUGAUGUCCUGAUCCCUUGGAUCAGCAGAGCACGUCUUCAGCUGCGAGAGCGUUUUUGCUCGGAGUUUCCUGUCCUGCGCUUGCACUCUGACAGAGGUGGCGAGUUCUCCUCUGACCUCUUGGCAGCCUACUGUGCCGAGCACGGCAUUCGCCAGUCGUUCACGCUUCCGGCCUCUCCAUAG